AUGGAAUCUUUGUCUUUGAACCAGGAAAUGAUGGUGCUAGUUCUUCAAUAUCUUGAUGAAGAGAAUUUGAAGGAGACAAUGCACAAGAUGGAGCAGGAAUCGGCCAUCUAUUUUAAUCUAAAGUAUUUUGAAAAGAAAGUUUUGGAUGGAGAAUGGGAGGAGUCAGAGAAGUACCUCAGGGGAUUUACAAGUAUCGAUGAUAAUGCUUUUUCAAUGAAAAUGUUUUUUGAGAUAAGAAAACAAAAUUAUUAUGAAGCAUUGGAAAGUAAUGACAAAACAAGAGCUGUUGAAAUUCUGGUGAAUGAUUUGAAAAUCUUUUCAACAUAUGAUCAAGCAAUAUACAAGCAAUUAACACAUCUCCUAACCCUUGACAAUCUAAGGGAGAACAUACAUCUUUCACAAUAUCAAGAUGUGAGAUCAGCUAGAGACCUGUUGAUGACUGAGCUUAAAAGGUUGAUUAACCUUAAUAACAGACUCAAUAAUAAGCUUAAGCUUCCAAAAUUGAGUGAGUCGCGGCUGCGACACUUAAUAAAUCAUGGAUUGAAUUGGCAGCACGCGCUCUGCAAAUAUCCAAAGCAAAGCCCAAACGUAAUGACUAUUUUAACCGAUCACAGUUGUGAUCAACCACCAAAUGAUGCAAAUCAUCCAUCUCGUGUAGAUGCGCCAUUUCUAUCAGCCCCUGUAGCUCCUAAGGCUAAUGCUUUACCAGCAUGGAUGGUGAAUGGAAAUCCUUCCUCAUCUUCUCGACCACUUGCUGCGCUGACAGCUUCCGCAUUGCCUGGUCCUUCAAAUCUAGCUAGAAGCAUGGAGAGUAGAAGAAAUUCGAAUGAUGUUUCUACAGCUAGGAAGUUGAAGGAAAUCGUUCAUCAUACUCAGUGUCGAAGAGUUACUAUGCCGGAGAGUAUAGGUCCCAGUAACAAGGUAUUCCCUCAGCAACCGAAUAGUUUCUAA